AUGAAGCUUUCAACUUCGCUUUUUUUCACCGUCUGCCGGGCGGCUCCAUCCCUCGACAGCUGGCUCCAGGACGGAACUGAGCCUCCAUUCGAAGCUCUUCAACAACUCGCUGAUGCUAGCAAAACCGAGGGAGAGAAAUCCUGGUGGGAGGAGAAAAAAGCUGAAACUGGGGACAAAGACUGGGAAGAGCUUUUCCCCGAGAUCAAGGAGCAAUUUGACUCGAUUCCGGAUGAAGAAAAGGCCGCUCAUGGCUUUGAGAAAUACAAAGAUAAGGCUGCGUACUACAAAGAAAAGUAUGGUUCCGACCCCGAAAUGAAGAAAAUGAUGGAAGGAAAGAUGGCCUUCUUCAGCCAAAUGAAAGAACACAUGGGCGAUAUCGACUGGAAAGCCUUCGCCGAAAACAUGCCCUGGGAAAAGCUCUCUGAGAAAAUGUCGAAAAUCGCUACUGGUGAGUGGUCGAUGGACAAAUGGAGUGAAAAGAAAGCAGAAAUGAAGACGAAAAUGAUGGAAGUGAUGCUCAACGCGAACCAGGCUCUUCUCCAGGUGCGAAUGAAUGAGCCAGCGCAACGAGCGAUGAUCGACAAGUUGGCCGAAGUGACGAAGGAGCUUCCAGAAUCGACAACUUGCGCAUCCACCGCUGACUUGAAAUACAUGUGGAUGAUCGACGAGUUGAUGGAGUCGCUCGUCUCCGACGACGUCUGGAUGCCGAAAGACAUCGUCGACAUGAUGUGGGCAAAACUCACGCCAAAGCUUAACAAAUCAAAGGGACACAGCUCCGUCGUUUACCUCAACCGAGCAAGCGAACGAAUGAAUCGACCAGCAGUCGGAACAGUCAUCGGAAAGCGACUGGUGCUGACUGGCCUGGACGCCUGUAAUUCAGAUGUGACUUUGGAAAAGGUGGAAAUGUGGACCAACUUCAUCGGAAUCGAAAAGAUGCACGAACAUCUGCUCUGGGGGUCGAAUGAGAACAUCUUCGACAACUACGAUCAAUUCUACAUGCGCUUUCACAAACCAGCCGAGGGAAUGUCCGUCCUGAUCGACGGCAAAGAACACUUCCCCACUGGCGCUAUGAAAGUUCCAUCAACCAAGACGCACGAAGAUCUCUCCGCUCACUUCCCAUUCACAUCGGCCCAGGACUUGUUUGAUCGAUACCUCGACGCCGCUCCUGCUGCUCGAUGUCUUCUCUUCUUCGAUGAGAAGCUCCCAGUCAUGCCUGCUUGCAACGCGAUGGAUGAUGGACAGAUUGGACGAACCAAGAUCAUGAUCAAUUAUGAAUUCGCGCAGAAGAACAACGUUGUUUUGGGACAAUUACCGGAGGGAUUCGAAGAUCCCGAAGAAGCGGAAAUGAUCGGAAAAGCUUACCAACAAAUCGUCGACAAACGAUUCUGGAAUGCCGUCUCCGAAAUGGAGACUCCAUGCAUCCAUCACAACCCAAAACAGUGCUUCAUGGUCAGUUACUGCAACUGGAGCAAGGGAAUGAAGUCGAUCCCAGUCGAUAUGAUUCUCGGAGAAGACUGUAUCAACAAAUACGGCGAAAAACGAUGCAAGGAGGAGAAUUUCGCGACAUUUGAAUGGGAAGAAAGCUGGGGAUUGCCUGCUGUUUCCGCUCCUCUUCUCUGCGCUGAGAAUGGAUCUGUCACGCUUCGUGGAACCUUCGAGUCGAUCGACGAAGAAGGAGUCGCGAACUUCAAGGGACACGACAACAAUCUUCUCCAGAUGCUGGCCAUCAAAGACAUGAACGAUCUGUACUCUAACUAA